AUGUCACAUGCCGACGUCAAUUCGCUGCAUCAGAGGACGUAUUCGAACAUCUCGAUUACGUCCUCUUCGUUUAUGAACAGUACGACAGCUAACAACGAUAUGAACGAGACAACCGAUUUGAACGAUUUGAACGGAACAAUGAAAACGUCGUCGAUCCACAACAACACGUCGAUUCUGUUGGACUCGACAGAAUCGUUGAUCAACAACAUCCCGAACUCGAUCUACGAGUUGGUGAAAAAUGUCAACUAUAAGAAGAAAUCGACAACCACGAGCUUGCUUUCAAUCAAUUCGACCUCCACAGUGAUAUCUUUGAAUGGUCCCACCUCCAAGGAUAUUCCUCCGACAAAAUUGACGUCGGUUGAACACGUGUCGGAUUCAGAAUUCGAAAAGUACUUGGACGAGUUGGAUGAGAACUUCGACGAGUUCAGCAGCUCGAAGUUGUUGACAACAUCGUCAUUGAGCAAGUUGGAGAAGUGUAACAACACAAACCCAGAUGAUGCCCGCGUCGGCAGCAGCACCCACGGAAGCCUCAAUCCGCUCAACGAGGAACAGGAAGCGAUGUUGGAAUCAAACAACCUAACCAACGUCCCGGACAUAUACUUCAACGAGGACUUCAAGUUGGACAACCCUCGUAUCUUCAGCAAGGUUGUUGAAAACGCACGCUUCUUGACCCUGAUUGACGACAAUUCGGACUCUGCAGUGGUUUCGAACAAGAUAAUGGUAGACCACGAAGCUCUCCAGGACAAGCUGUCGUCGUAUUUGGACAUCGUCGAGGUGCAUUUGAUUCAUGAGAUCUCCAAAUCAAGUGACAAUUUCUUCUCUGCAUUAGACGACUUGAAGAAGAUAACCAACUCUUCAAAGUUUUUGACCGAUCAAUUACAGAAUGUGGAUUCGCAAUUGUCUGACAUUCGGUCGCAAAAAAUACAAAAUGCCAAAAACUUGUUGCAACUGGUCCAGAAAUACCAAAACAUUCAGAAGUUCGACCAGAUUCUAGUCCAAAUAAAGACAAUUCUGCAGCAAGCAGACUUGGCUGAGACAGCAUAUUACAAAGGCAGUUAUGACCAUUCUUUACAACUGAUAGAUUCAGUCUUUGCUAUGAUUAGGGGCAAUGUUCCUCCUCAUCCCUUAGUCGAUGAAUUGAUAGUCAACUGGAAGUUCCCACUCAGCGAUUUGAAUAGAUUACCUGCUCUAAUUCCCCUCAAGCGUCUGUUGUCCAAUCUGAUAACCGAUACAGGUAAGUCAUACGCUAAGUUAUUCUCUAACUUCCUCAUCGAUGAUUUACGAGCAAAUUAUGAAAGCAUCUCAACUUUCAAGGUAUUGCAAAGGCUCUUGGGUAAUGAAAAACAUGUUUCCGCAAAUGAAAGUUAUUCCGUUAUAUCUGAAGAUUUCCGGAUGAAAAUCGUAGUUUAUUUGAAGGGUUUAACUCGUUGCGGUGAACUUUCUUCUGCCUUCAAAUUAUACGAGGAAAGAUUAUCAAACGAACUUAAAUCAAUUUUCAAAUCUAACUUGCCAACAGAUGGAAGUUCCAAUCCAAUUGAAUCCAACAAGAGUGAUGAUUCAAGAUCCACGAAUAUAACCAGCAACAUAAACAACGCAUUGAUCUUGAGUGAUCUAGUAAAAAACAUGACACCAAAAGAGUUUGAAAAUAUGCUAGUUGAUGAUUAUACCAAAUUUUCUGAAACUUUCAGGAGACUUACAAUCCAUAAAAAUUUACUUUUGACAACAUCCAUUGAUUCACUAAAUAGUUUUGAUCCGCAGAUAUUGAGAGUUCAGCCUGACAUGAUAAUGGAGCUAGAUAUCACCAACUCGAUAAGUUAUUCUAUCAACUCUAUUCAAAGGAGAAUGGCUAAGUUAAUUCGGAUCAGAGAACAGCAAAAUUCUUCCAUCCCACUGAAUUAUUUCCCAAGAUUUUACAAGUUGAAUAUGAGCUUUUUGACAGAAUGUGAAAUUGUGUCUAAAGGAAUGGUUAAUGACCCCGUCUUGAAAGAUGUUGUUAAUAGACAAUUGAUGAUUUUCAUUCAGCAAUUCCACAAAGAAAGUAUGAAGAGAUGUAUACGAAUUGUGGAAACUGAAAUAUGGAAAGAUGAUGGUAUGCCAAUUGAAUCACAGUUGACGCUAGAUUUGAUUGCUAGAUCUGCAGAAGGUAACGUUGAAGAUCGGGAGUGGACUGAAGGGUUAGGUCUUGAUUUUGCAGAUUAUAAUGAGGAAAAGAAAUUUGAUGAAAAAACUAAAGAUGGCGCAAACUCCGAGGCGAGUACCGUCGAUGAUCAGAUAGAAAUAAGAAAAACACUCAAUUUACACUCCCAGAACUACAUCCUACCCUCUUCUGUUGGUGCCGUCUUGAGCAACUUAAGAGCUUACCUUAUGCUAGUUCAUUACUUCAAAAAUAACAUCAACAAUGUGAUAUCUCAAAGUUAUUUACCGGAGUUGCUAAAAACCAUCAACCUCAAAAUCCAUCAAUCUGUUUUGGGUGCGCAGGCUACAAAGACAGCUGGAUUGAAGCAUAUUACAACUAAACACUUGGCACUAGCCGGAGAAGUGUGCAGAUUCUGGAGUGUUGUUGUUGCAGAUAUUGAGCGUGCCUGCUUGUCUGAAAUCAACAACGGUGGUGGUGUUGGUAGUAAAGACGGUGAGCAGAUAAAUAAAGUAAGGAAAGCAAUAAUGAAAGAGUUUGAGGAAGUGAGGGGGCUUUUUGGCGAACAAGUCGUUGAUGUUUACGACAAGUUAGUGGCGAUAAUGAGAGAUACCACAUUGGCUCUUGUCCAGGGUCUAAAGGCUACAAGCUUUGUGAACCCUCAAGCUGGUGGAGACUCGGUGAACAGUUACAUGGAGUCUAUUGUGAAAAAGACUCUGACGAUUGCCCGAAGUGUUCAAAGGUAUUUGCCUGCAGAGGAGUAUGAUGGUGUGCUAACCAGAAUUUUCGGCGAAUAUGAGAAAAUUCUCUGUGGGAAGUACAACGAGAUCCUAGAGGAAUGUGCCUCUGACAAGGAGACUACUUUGAAAGUUAAGAAACAGAUUUGGAGAGAUAUCAAGUUCUUUGGGGAAAAGUUGGACGAUGAAAAUGCAGGAGAUACGGUCAGAAAGUUGUUAGACUUCACUGGCUUCGGUGAUCAAAGUCCGCAAACGGAGACCCUCCAAGAAGCCAAGCUAGAUUCUGAUAAUAUAACCUUACCUAUGAACCCAAAAGUUGAAACAGACGUCAGAUUAGAAGUUGCACCCCAUAACGUGACUGAUAAGGUACCAAGCAUUUCACCUCAUGCUACGCCUGACCCAAAAGCCGAGAAAAAGCUUGUAGAUGAGACAAAGGUUUUAUCUGAUGACAUCAGCAAGGUUGAGACACAAACUGUUGAAACUGACCACAAGGAUGAGAUCAGAUCUCAAAACCCGAGCGUUGGACCUGAAGCUGCGGCGGCUAGCAGUCAGGCCACCAAUGGCACCGGAAACAUUGUCGUUGAUGGUGCCAAAGAGAAUCCGAACUAUGACAUUCAAAAGAAUGACUCUGAUGCUACCUUGAAGAGCGAUCCAAAGAGCAGUUUGAAGGGUGAUCCAGAGAACGAUGCCGACGAUAUUUCAAAGACUAAUACCGCGGCUGAUGCCGAAGCUGACUCCAAGAAUGAUGCUGAAGUUGAUGUCAGUACUGACGCUACAGGUGUUGUUACAGACGUUGCCAAGGACGACGUUACCGACAGACGACGCUGCGGGUGA